AUGGUUCAUCCGCACCAGACACCCUACGUCACACCUCAUAUCUUACACAGACAUUACGCUCAAGCUUCUGACAAUGAAUUUCACAAUAAACUCAUCGGCCAUGACCUCGAGUAUUUCUCGCAGGCAGGGUUUGACAUGGACAGGAUCCAGCUCAAACGCAAUGCGCCUGUAGCUCAGCUUUACGAAGAUGCCAUCCGGAACGAAGGCGCGAUCAUCUCCUCUUCUGGCGCACUCAUCAACUUCUCAGGCAAGAAGACUGGUAGAAGUCCUAAAGACAAGCGAAUUGUCUUUGAGGAGACUAGUAAAGACAAUAUAUGGUGGGGCUCCGUGAAUAUCAAGAUGGAUGAACACACGUUUGAGAUCAACCGUGAGCGUGCUAUCGACUAUUUAAAUACGCGUGACAAUGUCUAUGUCUUCGAUGGUUUCGCUGGUUGGGAUCCUAAAUACCGUAUCAAGAGCUCGCAAGUUUUGGCGAGCCCGACUUCAUCAUCUACAAUGCUGGUCAAUUUCCCUGCGAACCGCUUCACUAAGGGCAUGUCAUCCACUACCUCGGUGGAGAUCAACUUCAAACGUAUGGAAAUGGUGAUCCUCGGCACCGAAUACGCCGGAGAGAUGAAGAAGGGUGUCUUCUCCGUCAUGCACUACCUUCAGCCUGUGAAAUUUGGCCAACUCUCCCUUCACUCAUCUGCCAACGUCGGAAUGGAAAAGGGCGAUGUCACUCUAUUCUUUGGCCUCUCUGGAACUGGAAAAACAACUCUUUCUGCUGACCCUAACCGCCUUCUAUCGGAGAAGGAGCCAGAGAUUUACAACGCCAUUCGCUUUGGUUCCAUUCUGGAGAAUGUCGUGUACAACCCUGCGACACGGGUGCCGGAUUAUGACGAUGUUAGCAUCACGGAGAACACGCGCUGCGCAUACCCGAUUGAAUACAUUCAAAUGCCAAGAUCCAUGCAUGUAAACUUUCCCCCGAUCAAGCAAGCUAUCACUUCCUUGCUGGCUACCCUCCAAACACCUGGCACGGAAGAUGGCGUCCUUGAACCAAUCCCGACAUUCUCGACCUGUACAGUGCUCCUUUCAUCGUAUUACACCCUGGACGCUACGCAGAAAUGCUGGCUGAACGCAUGUCCAACACAACGCUGGACAGGUGGCAAAGUUUGGCAUUGGGAAAGCGCUGCCCACUUAAGUAUACCCGUCGCAUCGUCGAUGCCGUACACUCUGGGGAGCUUCUCGACAGCAAAUACGAGACCAUUCGGCGUCUUCGGGCUCCAGAUUCCUACUGAAGUGGAUGGUGUUCCGCGUGAAGUGCUUAACCCAUCUCUGGCUUGGACGGACAAGCAGGCUUUCGAGCACGAGGUUCGCAAGCUCGCGGGCAUGUUCCAGAAGGCGUUUAAAUUGUACGAGGGUGAUGUACAAGAGAGCGUGAGGUUGGCGGGUCCACGUGUGGAUUAG